CUCAACAAGCGUCUUCCAGCUGCCUGGCAUCAUCGUGAAGAUCAUCCCGUGCAUUCCCUUUUCAGACGUGAAUCAACAGACGGAGUGCAAUACGCUGAAGUCGGGUCACCAACGUGGUCUGCACCUUACCCGACACAUUCGCCCGAUCCUUCGAAUCUGCCACAGGCUUGGGUAGAUGCACUCGAUGCAGCAGUUUCCGCUGGCAAGAUCCCGGAUAUACCUCAGUCGACUAUGGAUGCCGCGGGUAAUCCUACCUAUCCGAAGAGCUUCAACCCUACCAGUGACGAAGUUUGUUCUGGGACAUACAAAUGCAGAAUCGACGGCGAUAUAUGGGAUGCUCCGGAUGGUGUCGUCGGCGCAUGUUUCGAUGACGGUCCUCUGCCGUACUCCACGAAGCUGUACGAGUUCCUGCAAGAACAAGGCGUGCAUGCCACGCAUUUCAUGAUCGGCGUCAACAUCAUCAACAAUGCGGACGAGUUUGUCAUGGCCUUUGAGACGAACGAAGAUGACAUCGCCGUGCACACCUGGACGCACCCGUACAUGACGACGUUGAGCAAUCUCCAGCUCGUCGGCGAGUUUGGCUGGUCAAUGCAGCUCAUCCAUAACUCCACAGGGGGACGACUCCCCCGUUUCUGGCGUCCUCCGUACGGCGAUACGGAUACUCGCGUCCGGGCCAUCGCUCUUGAGGUAUUCGGAUUGACCACUGUCAUGUGGAACCACGACACGGAGGACUGGUCACUCACGACUGGCGGGACGAACCUCUCGACCGUUCAUGCCUCUCUCGCGGAGUGGUAUGCCGGGCCCCAGAGCCCGGGGCUCAUCAUUCUAGAGCACGAACUAAGCAAUCUGUCUGUGCAGGCGUACAUCGACGCGUUCCCCUUCAUCGGGCAGAAUGGAUGGGACGUCGUUAGCGUCGCGCGGCUGGACAAUGCCAGCGCGUAUCAGAAU